UUCACCUGCACUCCGUGUGAGGUUUGUGGCCGCGAGAGAAAUAUGUGAAAACAGGAUUAGGAUGUGAGGAGAGCUCGCGACCACCGCGGAUCAAAGACAGGCCGCCGCCAUGGCUGCAGCGCACUAAAGAGUCCUCCACAUGGCCGUCCCUCUGUCCCUGUCCCAGGAGGAGUUUGUGUACAGGUUGUCUCCUCAAACGGGCAAAGCGGCUCUGAGCUCCUGCCUGAGGCUGCAGCGCUCCCGCUGCGUGGACGAGCCGGCCCCCGAGGACGGGCCGGCCCCCAGGAAGGACUCGGGGAAUGCCAAGAAGCAGGUGACCUUCGCCGACCACCGAGGGUUGUCGCUCACCAAAGUGAAGACGUUCUCUCGGUUCGGUGACCUGAUCGACGUCCCUCUGAACAUCCGGGAGCUGCUCCGCUCCGCUCUGUCCCUCGUCUCCGAGGAGGACCGGCUGGUGCUGGACUUCGCUCCGCCCUCCUCGGACUAUCUGCACUUCCGCAAGAGCCUGGAGAGGAACUCUGUGUGCCUGGAGCACUGCGUGCUGAAGGAGCGCGCUCUGGCGGGAACCGUGAAGGUAAAAAACGUGUCCUUCCAGAAGGCUGUGAAGCUGCGGCUGACGUCCGACGGCUGGCGGAGCCACCGGGACGUGAGCUGCCAGUACGUGAAGGACUCGUACCCGACGGCCCACAGCGACACCUUCUCCUUCAGCGCCGCGCUACCGGACACGCUCCGGCCUCACGAGCGCGUGGAGUUCGCCGUCUGCUACGAGGUCUGUGGGCGCGAGUACUGGGACAGCAACCAGGGGGGCAACUACCGGACCGCCUGGGCCUCCUCCAGGGGGGCCCCGCAGGCGACCUGCGGGGGGGCCCCGCAGACCGCCUGCAGCCGGCUCACAGACUCCUUUGACUGUGGGAUUCAUUUUGACAGCUACGGAAGCCCCACGUGCUCACACGGCCCCGACUGGCCGAGCUACGCGGGCUGCGAGAACACGGGCCCCUACUACUGAACGCUCAAGGGCCGAGCACCUGGGGGGCCGAGCACCUGGGGGCCGAAUCCAAUGAAGAACCGUUUGCACCUUUUUAAAACGAUGUUUGUUAUUAAAAUCAUUUCUGAAGUCAUGUGAUCAUGUUUUAGUCAAUAAACUAGUCUAAAGUCAAA